AUGCUAUCUACUCCUGAUGUUAAAUGCGAUUAUACAAGGAUAUAUGAGCCCAGUGAAGAUUCAUUUCUUCUUCUGGAUAGUUUAGAGAAAGAUAAAUGUUGGUUAAAUGAGAAGUUUCAAAAGAGUGUGAGUGUAGUGUGUGAGAUUGGCUCUGGUUCAGGUAUAGUGACAACGUUUAUGAUGAAGCAUGGGCUGCCUAACCAAAACAGCAUAUAUUUGCCCACAGAUAUUAAUCCAUGGGCGACAGAAGCGAUGUUAGCGACUAGUCGUAAUAAUCAUUGCGAGGAAGGUUUUCUGGCUCCUUUGAGAAUGGAUCUGACUAGUGGAAUCAGAGAAGGUAGUGUUGAUUUAUUAGUUUUUAAUCCACCUUAUGUCCCUGCACCAUCUGUACCGUCAAUUCCCAGUGAUGAUUGUCCCCAAGAUAAAUGGCUAGACCUCGCUCUGGAAGGUGGUGAAGACGGUAUGAUUGUUACUACUAAACUGUUAAAUAAACUACACGACGUUCUUUCCCACAGAGGCAUUGCAUAUAUAUUAUUUUGCGCUAGAAACCAUCCAGAAAUUGUAGCACAAGGUAUGCGCUCUAGAGGAUGGGUUGCAGAAAUAGUCGAACACAGGAAAGCAGGUUGGGAAGUUUUGAGCGUUUAUAAAUUCUAUAGACAAACUAAACAAUUAUAG